AUGCACCGCUGCUUCACCAAUCCAACACGAACGUCCCGUCUUCAGUCGGACGGUCAGGUUCAGAUCACGGCACUGGCCUCACCGACGCUGCUGAAGCUGCUGAAGCUGCUGAAGCUGCUGAAGCUGGUGUCACCUUUGCAAACAGGGAGUCACAAGGACCUUUCCAAGCUCCUCCAGAGAAGAACCUCCUCCAGUUCCUUCUGCUUGGCCUCCAGUGUAGUCAAGGAUGAUGAUGAUGAUGAUGAUGAUGAGCUCACCUCUGCAGCCAUAUGUAAUGUGCUCAUAAGAAUGACAUUCUUGUUCUUCUUUUACAUGUACGAGACGACUGUGGAUGUUCACUCCUUUCACUGUUUUGAGAUUCUCCUUUGUCCCUUCACCAACCAGCAGGCGUCUGUCUCUGGGAACCUGGGGCCUGGGGGAAUCUCAAAACAUCUUGUUUGUGUUCAGGAUGGCAGAGCCGACGUCGUUGCCAAUGAUUCUGGGGACAGAGUGACUCCUGCGAUUGUCGCCUACAGAGAAAACGAACAGAUCGUGGGAAUCGCGGCGAAACAGGGACGAGUGCGAAACGCCGCCAACACCAUCGUGAAAGUGAAACAAGUGCUCGGCCGAAGUUUUGACGACCCAGAGACGCAGACCCACAAAACAGAGACCAAAUGUGAGGUGAUAGACAAAGGAGACAAACCGUUUUAUAAGAUCCAGCUGGACGAGCGCACCGAGCACGUCUCUCCACAAGAGGUCGCCAAACUCAUCCUGCACAAAAUGAAAGAAACGGCUCAGUCGGCGUUGGGCUCGGACGUGAACGAGGCGGUCAUCACGGUGCCCUUCGAGUUCGCACACGCUCAGAAGAAAGCGCUCAGGGAAGCGGCGGAAGCGGCCGGAUUCCACGUCCUGAGACUGAUCCACGAGCCGGCGGCCGCGCUCCUCGCCUACGACAUCGGACAAGAAUCCCACUCCGGAAAAAGUCAUGUUGUGGUGUAUAAACUGGGGGGCACGUCGCUCAGUGUCACCGCCCUGCAGGUGAGCGGGGGCAUGUACAGGGUCCUGCACACGGUGACGGACCACAGCAUCGGAGGGGAGAGCUUCACCCACGCCCUCGCCAACCACCUCGCCGCCGAGUUCAAACGAAGUUUCCGUCAUGACGUGAGUCCAAACGUUCGUGCGAUGUUGAAGUUGAUGAACGCGGCAGAUCAGGUCAAACACUCGCUCUCCUCUCUGGGCUCCGCAAACUGCUUCGUCGACUCCCUGCACGACGGCCUCGACUUCGACUGCAACGUCUCCAGGGCGAGGUUUGAGCUGCUCUGCUCCUCCCUCUUCAACAAAAGCAUCCAGCCAAUCAGAACGCUGCUGGACGAGGCGGGACUGAGCUGCUCCGACAUCAACCAGGUGGUGCUGUGCGGGGGGUCGGCCCGGAUCCCGCGGCUGCAGCAGAUGAUCCAGGAGCUGUUUCCAGAGGUGGCGCUGCUCAGCUCGUCUCCCCCGGACGAGGUGAUCGCGGUGGGGGCGGCGCUCCAGGCCGCGCUCCUGGUCAACCGCGACAGUCUGGAGCUGGACGAGGACUCUGUGGCUGUGGACGUGUCGGCAUCAGAUAUACUGCUCAAGGAGCUGGAUGAGGCGGGCUCUCCGGUCUUUAACGUCCUCUUGGCGUCUGGGACCCCUCUUCCCGCCCGGAGACACCACGUCCUGCAGGGGCCCGGAGCUGUGAGCGGCCUGAGCCUGGAACUGUACCAGCGCCAGGGAGCGGAGCAACCGGAGAGACUGGCCAAGAUUGUUCUGAGAGACCUGCCGCCUCAAGAAGAGUCCCACGACAUCGAUACAGUGGUCACCAUGAAGAGGGACGGCUCGGUGCACGUGAGCUGUGUGGAGCAGAGCAGUGGGCGCUCGGAGGCCGUCACCAUCGCCGCCGCCGCCUCGUAACCAUGGCGACGCUUUCGUUUACCGCAAGAACUCCAAACCUCUGCGACUUUACCCUUUUUUUUAUUUACAUCAAUAAACAUGAAAUACCACCAAAAAAAAA